UUAAGCCUCACAUGGUGGUUAGAGCACUGAACUUCCUCUUCCAUUCAUGCCCUCCUCCUCUCCGCUUCUCCUCCUCCUUCUGUUGCUCCCCCGCCUUUCUUCCUCCGCAGCCUCUCUCCUCCGAUUAUGGCGGCCGCAGGAUGCCGUUUUGCGUAGCACAAAAGGCGUCCGUGGACGUGUUUGGGAGCAUAAUCGAUGUGCCUCUUCAUUUUCCGUCCAUCCAAACACGCCCCAUUUUGUUCAUAAUAUGGUUGACCUUAACUCCGAACUGAAGCAACUUGUGAAACGUUGUCAACUGCAUAAAGCAAGGCACAUGUUUGAUAAAAUGCCUUACAGAGAUGAGGUUUCAUGGACCACGAUAAUAGCUGGUUAUGUCAAUUCUUCAGACCCUUUUGAAGCGUUGAUCUUGUUCUUAAAUUUAUGGAUCCAGCCUGGUCUUCAAAAAGACCAGUUUAUGAUUAGUGUUGCACUCAAGGCUUGUGCUCUUGGCAUGAACAUAUAUUUUGGAGAAUCAUUGCAUGGAUUUUCUGUGAAGUCAAGUUUGGUAGACUCGGUAUUUGUCAGCAGUUCACUUGUGGACAUGUACAUGAAAGUAGGCAAAGUAGAGCAAGGUUGCAGAGUCUUCCAAGAAAUGGAAACCCGAAACGUGGUAUCCUGGACGUCCAUUAUUGCGGGGCUUGUUCAUGGUGGUUAUAGUAGAGAGGGAUUAUUGUACUUCUCUGAAAUGUGGAGAUCAAAAGUGAGUUGUGAUUCAUAUGCAUUCGCCAUCGCUUUGAAAGCAUCUGCUGAUUCAAAUUCUUUAGAUUGUGGGAAAGCUAUUCACACACAAACAAUAAAACAAGGGUUUGAUGAGAGCUUGUUUGUGAUUAAUACUCUUGCUUCCAUGUAUAAUAAAUGUGGAAAACCAGGUUAUGUCAUGAGAUUGUUCAAAAAAAUGAGGAUGCCAGAUGUAGUUUCAUGGACAACCCUUAUUACAACAUAUGUGCAGACGGGAGAAGUAGAGAAUGCAGUGGAUGCAUUUAGAAGGAUGAGAAAAUCAGGGGUUAGUGCCAAUCAAUACACUUUUGCAGCAGUAAUUUCUGCAUGUGCGAAUCUUGCUGUUAAAGAAUGGGGCCAGCAGAUACAUGGCCAUGUAUUGCGUCUAGGUCUGGUGGAUGCCUUGUCAGUGUCGAAUUCCCUCAUUACACUUUAUUCGAAAUGUGGGAUGUUAACUUUGGCUUCAAUGGUGUUUUGUAGUAUGGCUAGAAAAGAUAUUAUUUCUUGGAGCACUAUAAUUGCAGUUUAUUCUCAAGCAGGUUGUGCAAAAGAAGCUUUUGACUAUCUAUCAUGGAUGAGAAGGGAAGGGCCAAAACCGAAUGAAUUUGCUCUUGCUAGCUUGCUUAGUGUGAGUGGAAGCAUGGCGCUUCUUGAGCCUGGGAAGCAGUUGCAUGCUCAUGUCCUAUGCAUUGGCCUGGAUCAUGAAGCAAUGGUUCAUAGUGCACUAAUUAGUAUGUAUUCAAAAUGUGGGAGUCUAAAAGAAGCUUCUAAAGUAUUUGAUAGGACUAAAACUAAUGACAUUAUAUCAUGGACAGCCAUGAUCAAUGGGUAUGCUGAACAUGGAUCCAGCCAAGAGGCAAUUCGUUUAUUCGAGAAGAUUCCCAGUAUUGGUUUAAAACCGGACUAUGUGACUUUCAUUGGGGUUUUGACAGCUUGUAGCCAUGCUGGAUUGGUUGAUCAAGGUUUCCACUACUUUAUGUCAAUGACUGACGAGUACCAGAUCAGUCCUUCAAAAGAGCACUAUGGUUGCAUGAUUGAUCUUCUAUGCAGAGCAGGAAGAUUGAGUGAAGCUGAGCUUAUGAUACGAAGCAUGCCUUUUCAUAGUGAUGAUGUUGUGUGGUCUACCUUACUUACAGCAUGUAGGGUUCAUGGGGAUGUUGACAGAGGAAGACGAACAGCAGAAAGAAUACUUUCUUUGGAUCCGAAUUCUGCAGGAACUCACAUCACCCUGGCUAACAUAUAUGCUGCCAAGGGGAGAUGGGAGGAAGUUGCACACAUAAGGAAGCUAAUGAAGUCAAAGGGGGUAAUAAAAGAGCCUGGUUGGUCUUGGAUAAAUGUCAAUGAUCACUUGCAUUCAUUUGUUUCUGCGGAUCAGUCUCAUCCGCAGAGCGAAGAUAUCAUAACCAUUUUAAAACUACUAAGUUCAAGAAGAGGAGAUUCUUUGCUGGAAACAUGUUCAAGUGAAGAUGUUGAAGAUUAGCAACAGGCUAAAUUUUCUAUCAUCGUGCUUGUGCUACAAUUACAAUUUUUCCAUUAGCAUUCAUUACAUUACAUAGAUUUCAAAUGAUUGUUGGGAAUUGGUUGCCUAACUGCAAUCACUUGAACACUCAAAAUCCAGCGUAUACCAGGAAUACGAUCGAUACUGGAAUAAAGCUUUACUAGUUAACUUUGCCUCAAGACCCUUCUUUUUCUGGCACAGGAGCUUUGGAGCAAAGGUUGAGUUGUCUUUGUGUAACCUCAAGGUUAUAGGUUGAUAAUAGUGUUAUUCUGGAUUAUUUUUGUUUUGUAUAUUGGGUUGAUAAUAGUAUUUUUUUGGAUUAUGGAUUAUUGGGAUAUUAAUCUCAAAUGUGACACCGUUUAAUUUGGGAUACAGAAAUUGAACCCUUCAAUUUUUGAGAAGUAUAAAAAUCAGAUUAUUCGAUUUCUAGACAAAAAUCGGACUCUCCGAUUCUUCUUCAAAAAAUUUAAAAAAUUUGAGGUACAAAAAUCAGACCCACUCACUCAUUGUCACUGCCUCAUCGGCGCCGUGUCCUGCACUGUGCUCGUUCAAUAGCAUCGCCACCUCCUGCUCCACCCUUGUUCAUCAUCGUCGUGACCUCCAAAUCAGUCUUCCUCAUUUUUGACGCCUCCAGCAGAAUUGUCACCACCACCAGCAGCGUCGUCGCUGCCUCCAACAGCCUUUUCGCCGCUCAUCGUUGCUGCUCCCGCAGCCUCAUCGCCACCGCCGCGUCAUUCUUUUCUUCUGUCGUCACCACCCCUUGUUUGUCGCCACCUUCUGUACCAAAUCCCUUUCUCGGAUUAGUUUCUUUAGUUUCUUCAAUAUUUGAGGGUUUAGGGUUUAUUCAUUUGUUUGAAAUUAUUAAUCU